UGCUCCGUCUCAGCUCUGAACUGAUCUACUGUUGCCUUCAAUGCCCGCUCCCUCAGCUGGUGUACCGACCACAUUGCCCGGCUCUCCGUUUGUUGUUUGCUACUUUCAGUGAACUUUAUUUGCAGUGUGUGGGGAUUUGUGCAUCACUCUCUCAGUGAGAAAUUUGGGAAAACAUACCGCUGCAACAAUGGACUGAAGCAGCUGCCCAGUAAAGUGUGGAUACUCUGGAAAAGACGCGUGUAUUUGUGUAGAGAGCGACCUUUCUGCGGGGUUGAAUUACCAUCAUGGAAGAGGACGACGGGCAUCACGAGAACGGGAUCCACGCCAUCAAGGACUCGGACCGGCAGCAGCGGCUGAGGCUUUGUGUUUUGAAUGAAAUGCUGAACACAGAGAGGGAUUAUGUUCGGACCUUGCUUUUCCUUCAGUCGGCCUUCUUGCACAGAAUCAGACAAACGGCAGAUGACCAACAGUGUCUCUCGCCUGAGCAUGUCAAGAUUCUGUUUUCAAAUAUUGAGGACAUCCUGGAGUUGCACAAAGAGGUGUUGUCCGCAGUGGAGUCCAGUCUGCAGCCUGAACCCCAUCCUCAUCAUGCACUGGGACACGUGUUUCUGCAGUUUAGGGAGAGUUUCUCAGUGUACGGCGAGUACUGCAGUAACCAUGAGAAGGCUCUGCGGCUCCUCAUGGAGCUGAACAAGAUCCCCAACAUCAGAACCUUCCUGCUGCACUGCAUGCUUCUGGGAGGGAAGAAAAGCACAGAUAUCCCCCUGGAGGGCUACCUUCUCACCCCCAUUCAGAGGAUCUGCAAGUACCCUCUGCUGCUGAAGGAGCUGCUGAAGCGGACUCCCAAGAAGCACGCUGACUACCCAGCAGUGGAGGAGGCUCUGCAGGCCAUGAAGGCUGUCUGCUCCAACAUCAAUGAGACCAAGAGGCAGAUGGAGAAACUGGAGGCUCUGGAACAGCUGCAGUCUCACAUUGAAGGCUGGGAGGGAACAAACCUGACGGAUAUUUGCACAGGGUUGCUCCUUCAUGGAAAUCUCCUUAAAAUCUCAGCUGGAAACAUCCAGGAGCGCGUCUUCUUCUUGUUUGACAACCUUCUGGUGUACUGCAAGAAAAAGUCCAGGGUUUCUGGAAAGAAGUCCACCAAGAGGACCAAGUCUAUCAACGGGCCACUCUAUGUGUUCAGAGGCAGAAUCAACACGGAGGUGAUGGAGGUGGAAAACGUUGAGGAUGGAACAGCGGACUAUCACAGCAACAACUACACAGUGACAAACGGCUGGAAGAUCCACAACACAGCGAAGAACAAGUGGUUCGUCUGCAUGGCCAAAAAUGCAGAGGACAAGCAGAAGUGGCUGGACGCCAUCAUCAGGGAGCGGGAGCAGAGAGAAAGUCUCAAACUGGGAAUGGAGCGGGAUGCCUACAUGAUGAUUGCAGAGAAAGGAGAAAAGCUCUACCACAUGAUGAUGACCAAGAACCGACACCUCAUUAAGGAUAGACGCCGGAAGCUCAGCAUUGUGCCCAAGUGCUUCAUGGGAAAUGAGUUUGUGUCAUGGCUGAUAGAGAGUGGAGAGAUCAGCAAACCUGACGAAGGAGUCAACCUGGGACAGGCCUUGCUGGAAAAUGGCAUCAUUCACCAUGUGUCAGACAAGCACCAGUUCAAGAACGAGCAGGUGUUGUACCGAUUCCGCUACGAUGAUGGCACCUACAAGGCCCGCAGUGAGAUGGAGGACAUCAUGUCGAAGGGCGUCAGGCUGUACUGCCGCCUCCACAGCCUCCACACGCCUGUCAUCAAGGACAGAGACCAUCAUCUGAAGACCUUUAAAUCUGUGAUACCUGCAAGCAAACUGGUAGACUGGCUGCUCCUGCAGGGCGACUGCUCGACCCGAGAGGAUGCUGUGACGCUGGGUGUGGGGCUCUGCAACAGCGGCUUCAUGCACCACGUCUUGGAGAAGAGCGAGUUCAAAGACGAGUCCCAGUUCUUCCGUUUCUAUGCGGACGAGGAGAUGGAAGGAACCGGCACUAAGAGCAAGCAGCUCCAGCGCAACGACUUCAAACUCAUUGAAAACAUCUUGGCCAAGUCUUUGGUGAUUCACCCGGAGGAGGAAGACUACGGCUUCGAAAUCGAGGAGAAAAACAAGGCCAUUGUGGUGAAAUCUGUCACCAGGGGCUCCCAUGCUGAGAUGGCCGGCCUGCAGGUGGGCAGGAAGAUCUACACCAUCAAUGAGGACCUGCUGUUCCUCCGGCCUUUCUCUGAGGUGGAAACCAUGAUCAGCCAAGCCUUCUGCAUACGACGCUCCCUGCGGCUGCUGGUCGCCACAAAGGCCAAGGAGAUUGUGAGGAUUCCUGACAACCCAGACAGCCUCUCCUUCAGACUCUGUGGCUCUGCCCCUCCUCAUGUCCAUGCUGUCAGGAAAGGCUGGGAGGCGGCGGCGGCCGGGCUUCAACCGGGCCAGGUCAUCCUUAAGGUCAACGGCAACAACGUCAACCACAGCGACUACCAGGAGGUGCUGGAGCAUUUCAGCGCCCAGCACACACACCAGGAGCCUCCCCAAGUGUGUCAGUGGGUGUAUCGGGCAUUUGAAGAUGUGGAAGAGCUACAAAAGGAACGAGUUGAAGGUGAAAAGGAGGAGAGCGCUUUCUCGCCUUACCCGGUAGAGAACGGGUCUGACCAUGAUGAGGAGAACGGCACCAAUGGAACAGACCACCGGCUGAGCAGACUCUCCAUCUCUGAUGACCUGCCUCUGGUCAGUAUGACGGUAGACAACGUCCAUCUGGAGCACGGCGUCGUCUAUGAGUAUGUGAGCACCGCCGGCGUCAAGAGCCACGUCCUGGAGAAGCUGGUGGAGCCCAAAGGCUGCUUCAGCCUCACAGCCAAGAUCCUGGAGGCCUUUUCUAGUGAUGACAGCCUCUUUGUUCAUAACUGCAGCCAGCUCAUCUCCCAGAGCGACCGAGUGGUUACCAUGCCUCAGUUCGAGUUCAGACAGAUCUGUGACACCAAGCUGGAGAGCAUCCAACGGCGAAUCAGCAGCUAUCAACAGUUUGCCCAGGAGCUGAGAAACAAGGCGGGCCCGUCCUUCAGGCAGGCCGGCGGUCACCCUCACCCACUGGGCUGCAUGGACUUUGUUCCCACCAACUGCCACGUCUCCUUCAUGCAGGUCUCCUACCCCAAGAGCAUCACCUCUGCUGGCAGGACGUUCAGCAUUCGCUUUGGGCGUAAGAACUCCCUGUUUGGCCUGGACCCUGACCAAGCUCAACUGAACCCCAUGUCCCACACGCAGCACUGUGUGACAAGCAUGGGAGCUCCCUCCUGGAAGUGCUCGGGCCUUGAAGGGGACGAGGUGGAUGAUGACGGGGAAGUGACCGUGGAUGGAGGCGACGGAUUGAACGAUAGUCUGCGGAGUGGCCACGAGGAAGGCGGGCUGAGCUUCCUGCUGAAACAGGAAGACACAGAGACCCAGGACAAUUACAUUCACUUGUACAGCCGGCUUGAUGUGGCUGUAAGGGAGAUGAAGCAGUAUGUGGCACAGAUAGAUGUCCUCUUGUCGUCCAUCACUGAACCCACGCAGCUCCAAGGGGAAGGCGGGGAGCCUCCAGUGUACGAGCCCAGUCAGCCCCCCUCUCUGGCCCCCUGUGAGGACGGCUGCGAUCAGGACAAAGUGGAGCAAGGCGGCAUCAAACGCGUCUGCUUCAAGGUGAACGAGGAGGACCAGGAGGACUCGGGACAUGACACGAUGAGCUACAGGGACUCCUACAGUGAAUGCAACAGCAACAGAGACUCAGUCCUGUCCUACACCAGUGUGAGGAGCAACAGCUCGUACCUCGGGAGUGAUGAGAUGGGAUCAGGGGACGAGCUGCCGUGUGACAUGAGGAUCCCUUCUGACAAACAGGACAAGUUGCACGGCUGCCUGGAGCACCUUUUUAACCAGGUUGACUCCAUAAACAGCCUCCUCAAAGGGUCUGUGAUGAUGAAGGCCUGUGACGAGACCAAGCACUUUUACUCUGACCACAGCCAACCAGAGUUCCGCCAAACAGAAGAUUGGACUGCUCGAUGCCGUUACAUCAUCCACAAGAACAUCCAGGAGGACCCCUGGAACCUGCCCACCUCUAUCAAAACCCUGGUGGAGAGCCUGCAGAGAUUUGUGGACGAUGGAAAGAACCAGCUUCUCUUGGCUCUGCUUAAGUGUACAGAUACUUCUCUGCAGUUGCGGAGGGAUGUGAUCUUCUGCCAGGCAGCAACGGGCGCCUUGUGCACACUGGCAGAGCAGCUGUUGGCAUCACUUCGGUCCCGGUUCAACAACGCCGGAGAGUAUCAGGAAGACGGCAAAGAGACCAGCAGGAAGUGGCUGGAGCAGAUAUCUGCCAUUGGAGUUCUGCUGCAUUUUCAGUCGACGCUAGCACCACAUCUGAAAGAGGAGCGCACCAUGCUGGAGGACACCAAGGCGGCCCUGUUGGAUUUGGACAAAGUCACUGUGUUCUUCAGGCAACUGGAGGACGAGUGUCUGGUCGCAAACACACCAGUGUGUUACCAGGUGGAGGGCAGCCGACAGGCCCUGAGGGUCACUCUGUACCUGGACAGCUGUCACUUCAGCGAGCUGCCCAGUCGACUACAAAACGGAGGCAGCCUCAAACUCCACACUAUCCUUUUCACCAGAGCACUGGAGCGUCCAGAGGGAGUGUCCCCGCAGGACUACGUAGACAUGGAGGAGUUCCAGCAGCGCACCAACGCUGUCUCACUCGAGAGGGUCAAGGCCUACUACCGCAGACUCAGGGCUUUCUAUUUGGAGAAGUCCAACCUCCCUACAGACUCCAGCACCACAGCAAUGAAGAUAGACCAGUUGCUGCGGCCUCUCAACACCCUGGACGAUCUUUGCCGACUGAUGCAAUCUUACGUCAACGUGCGGCCGAACGCCCAGGGUCACCCGUCAGGUGUCAGCGUACUGUGCGUGUCCUCUGAGCUGUGUAACCGUCUGGGAGCUUGCCACAUCACCAUGUGUUCUACAGGCAUGCAGAGAUGUACCUUUAGCGUGACACUGGAGCAAGCGAUGAUCUUAGCAAGAAACCAUGGCCUCAUGCCGCGCUGCAUCAUGCAAACCAUGGAUAUAAUGCGCAAACAGGGGGCAAGAGUUGAGCUCUCUGCCAAAAAUCGCAAGGUGAUGGACGAGAUGCCUUCAUCAUUCCCAAGGCUCUUCAAGCUGUGUUUGCCACCCUCAGACGGGGACCUCUAAGAAAGCUGUCGCUUCAUCAGGCGGAGAACUCGUCAAAGAAAUGUUGAAAAGGAAGACACCAUGAGAGAUGACAGCCACAAAAGACACUGCCAGUGGAAACACUUUUGUCCCGACUGUCCUACUGCCCCAGUUACACACAGGGAUCAUUCCACCAGGGGUGUCAGGAGAGUCUUCAAUGCAAGCUAAACAAGACUGCUCAAAUAUUAGUUAUCGCAGACCAACAGUGAGACUGAUGCAGCCUGAGGCUCAAGACCAGAUGUGAACUGUUAAACUGGGAUUCAGCCCAGAUAGAAGUAUUAUUGCUUUUGCUGUCUGUCUACACAAAGCUGACAUGAAUGACUUGAAAAGAGGUGCAAAAUAUUCACAACAUCAUUUCAAAAGAGGCUCUGGUGAAGGCCUCAGAAAGAAGACAUCCACAGUGACUAUGCUCUUACUAUUAACUGGAUUAACCAAACUACCUGUAGCAAACUGUCUCCUGAAUGCCGAUACUAUCCAUGCUGCCUUGGACUGCAACUCCAGAGAGCUGCCUCUUUCUCUGUUCAGGCUCUGGGAGUUCUCCGAGGCUUGAUGCCUGGAUCCCGAGUGAAGUAGUUAGCUGGCUGAAUAGAUGCAGAAAGUCAAAGUAUAGACAGAGAGAUGCAAGUAGGGAUUGAGGGAUGAUUGAAAAGAUGGAUGAUACAAGCAGGGGGUAGCCCUUUUUUAAGCCUGUUGCAUGUGGUUUCUGUGCAAUUACUGUAGGUUUAGUGUGAGUACUGUAUUACUGCACUAUAUGAAGGAUAGUUAUUUAUUGUGUCUGGAAGGAGCGUUUUUAUCCCUCACUUAUUCUAUAUCAGGUAUUAAAGAAUCUAAAAGCAUUCCAGCCUAAGUAUUGAACAGUAUUUAAAGGACCAAGGCAUGUCAUUUUUUAGACGUACCUGCUUGUGUGUUUUAUUUAUGUAUGGACUUUUAUCAUGUCAGGAAGUGUUACAUUGAUCUUCAGGGAGAGCAAGGGAGGGACAGAAGCUAGCUGAUCAGAAUCUAGACAAAGGUAGCUAAAGCAAACUAUACGAGGCUGCUUGUCAAUCAGCAGCUAAUUAAAGGUUGGUCAAUUGAAUCAUUGUUAAAUUAUUAAUAUAUUAAUUCAAAUGUUCUAGUUGAAGGAUUGCCCUCUGUUAACCAAGACUUGAUCUGAUUUUUAAAUUAGUUUUUACGUCGUCUUGGGUCUUUUUACUGUAGGUAUUAAAAUGAGCACAAUGCUUGGUCCGUUCAAGUUGCAGUGUUAGCAAAAAGUACUGUAAACAGUUUGUGGAUGACAUAAACAAAGGGAUCGUUUCGGGAUUGAAACACGGUAACUUUAUUUUCUCAUUUUAAUCUCUUGUACAUACAAACUGUAACAAUGUCAGAGAAGAAGGUAGGACGUGUCUUACAGCAGCAUUGUAAUGCUAUAAAUUAAAUCGGAUUAUUUUUAUGGAUGUAAUCUAGCAAACAAAGCAUUUUUAUUCAUCUGAGCAGAAGCUGUUUUUCCUUGCUGAGUGUAACCUCACUGACAACUUAUUGCUUUCGACUGUUAUAAAGACAGACAUGCAUCAAGAGCCAGUCUUGACAUGCUGCAUUCAUUAAGCAGAUCCCUUAGACCUUUUUAUUUAUUUAAAAGCUGUCUGGUUCCAGAAAAGCAUCCUCAAAUAUGCAUACUUCUGCACAAGCAUGGCCACUGUUAAAAGACUCUGCUUAUAUUUGUAUUGUUUUAAUUUCCCCUGUCAAAUUUGGUCUUAGUCUGAGAUGUGUACAUUGUGUAAAACCAGGAUGCAGCAUUAGUUACAAUAGUCUGGUUUAAAUAUUUGUUACCAGUUUCAAUUAGCUAAUGACUGCAGCAUGUUGGUGUAGCUGGACAAACAAAACUGUCACUGAUUACACAUUAUUACAUUAUUCUAAUGUUUUUGUAUAUACUUUAUUUGCAAUUUUAUGUUGCUUGAAAAUAACUGUACAAAGGAUCUUUGUUGAAUCUUUCUAAAAUUAUCAUUGUAAAUGCAAUCUUAACAAGAUAGUAAAUAAAAUGUUCACAGUA